AUGGACACGCGAGGAGGAUGGAGAACGCCAAAAAAAAUCAAACUGCUGCUUACUAAACUGGGGAAGAUCGAGGACACGGACAAAUCUGGGCUGGUAGCAGUCCAUCGUCUUUUCAAGCUCGCCAGCACAGAUCACGAUGAAGACGUGACUCGUGAUCGAAUGAAUCUGCUUGUCAACACCAAGGUUGCUCUCAAACGCUAUUUUGAGCAAGAGGGUGCAUUUGGAUUUCUAAAAGACACGAGCCAAGCAAAGUAUUUUCUGAGAAUCCAACAGCAAGGGAAUUGCUUCAUGAACGCUCCGGCCGUGUUCUUUGCGUACAUUUUGCAGUUUCUCGACCUCUACGAAGAUGGUGUGCACGGUGCUGUCGAUGUCGCCAAAUUCAUUCGAAGAAGCUUCACGGAUCCUGAACUGUACGACUACGUUCGUGAAGGUUCAGGAGGAAAUGCGGACGCCGUUCUAAAAACGAUUCUCAAGCCUUUGCUUGGAUUUGAUGCAACCACGACGGGAAUUCGCCCUCGAAACGCAAUGCAAGCGUCAUGA